GGAGAAGCAGGAAGAGACUUGUCGGACAUUUGUUUUGCAGAGGGAAGACGCGUGGGCAUCGCACAGGCACCGUACGCAUGCAGAGGGCUUUAUUUGCAAGCUGCAGGGCUCAUUUACUGUGCUUAACGUCCUCUAAGAAAGACUACAGUUUAAAAAAUUACCGUGUCCUUAAACCACCGAGCUGUAUAUUGUGGCAGGGCAGCAAGAUGAAGAAGCAGAGGGAGAGCCAGUGCACUCAGAAGACCAUCUCAUUGCUGAGCCCCCUGGGGACGAUCCAAGUCAGUGGAUGUGAGAAUGGUGUGCACACCAUCCAGAUCCUAAUGGAUGUCGCACCUGCUGAAAGGAGCAGCGAGGCCCCACUGAGCCGUGUGGUCAACGAUAGCCCGGCAGAAACGAGCCCCGAGUUGCAGCGCUGCGUUGAAUGGCUCCAGGCGUACUUCAGUGAGCCGCAGACCGCUGGGAGUCUCCCGCUCCCUGCCUUUCACCACCCCGCCCUGCAAGGAGAUGCGUUCUCCAGCCGUGUGUUGCAGAUACUUCAGAGGGAUGUGAAGUUUGGAGAGACGGUCUCUUACAAACGCCUCGCUGAGAUGGCGGGAAACCCCAAAGCGGCGCGUGCGGUGGGAGGGGCCAUGAGAAUGAACCCGGAGCCAUCUGGACGUGGAGAGAGGGAGUCAGCUGCUCCACACACUGAGGCGCGGAGCCUGAAUCCGUCUCAGCUCAUUCUGUGGGAUCAUCUGCGUGGUGGGCUUACACCGUGGAAAAUGCGCUCUUCAUCAUUAGUGGCUGUGCGUGCAUGCCCAAACAGGCUGCAGCCUUUGCCUCAGCACUCAAGAGAACUUUAAUUUGCCUGUUGACCCCCGUGAUGGAGGGGUUGCCAACUUACUGUGAUACUGCCCCACCUGCAAGAGUCCAAUAAUUCUCCAGUCACUCCCAUCAAAAUGUAUAUUUUUCAACGUGUUGCAUCAGUACCUCUAAAUGACUUCUGCAGGGAUUACCAUCAUUAAGGAGAUCCAUGUUUGAUGCAGAUUGACAGGGUGUCUCACAUAUGAGCAGCGCACCACAAUUCAUUACCGCUCCACAACUGAAUUUUGAUUUUAGCCACAGAUCCUUAUUAAUAUUGAACUGUGUUACUAUUAACAGAAAUGUUAAUUAUGAUGUCAAGAUGGAGGGAGUCAAGGUGAAAGCUGCACAGCAAUAGCUAAAAAUAAUCCAUGCCAGCCAGAGUACAGUAUGAUCCUGCAGAGGAGUGUUACUGGCAAGGGACCUUUUUGCUGCAACAAAGAAGUGGAAAAGAGGAAGUAAAUGAAUUAGAGUACAAGCCAGAAUUUUUGUCUUUGUUUCAUCCACACUUGUCCUGUCCCUAUUUUCCAACCUCUCCCUUUUCCUUGCUAUUGGAAGUGCUGCAAAUUGUAUAAUGCUGGUCUUUGUUCUACAGAGUCAAGCCACAUGAAUAGCCGUCCUGAGCACACACAAAAACACACUGACAAACUGAUCAUCUUAAAAAAGCAACGCCCUGGUGCUCACUUGGCCUACUUUCCACGGCAGCACAGGGACGUGGGAAGAGGAAUAGAAUUCAGGGGAGGAUGUUCUUGCACUCUGGGAAACAUUCAGUAUAGCAAGUGUGAUGCACAUAAACAUAGCCUUUGCAUUGUCAACCUUAGACUGCAUUUGCCCCAGAUAACUAGUCCCCAUGUGCUAGACUAUUCUCUUUGACUUUGCAAUUGAAAUCCUGAGAAGAUUAUGCCAAAGCUAAAAGAGGCAAACUCCAGGGUGGGAUUUCAAUUGUCAAUUCCUGUUGGAUUUUAUAGCAUUAUGACAUAUAGUACACCAUCUGUUACGCUUCCUGUGACUAGGUCUACAUCUGCACAAGUGGAGCCUAUUGAUGUGAACAUCAGUACAACUAAGACCUACGGUUUUGAAUGGGCAGCAAUAUUCAACCGCUAAUAUUUUCCUCUUGCACACUAUUUAACACAGAUGUAUGACUAAGCAUGGGGGUCUCUGGGUUACAAAACACAAGAGCAAAUUAGAAAAGGUGCAGGAAAGUAACCACUCCUAACUUUAGCUAAACAGACUUCCUGAAGCGCUAGAUAAUCUGGGGCUUCUAUGUACACCGCCUAACCAAAUGUCGACAUCUGUGAGGGUGUGCAUAAAGAAAAGCUUCUCAGAGAAACGGGGGAUAAUAAUCUUAGUUCCCCUCACCUUCAGCUUGCCCAUAGGGGUUUAAAAGAGAGAUGAAAUCCUAUGUAAACAUGCCAAGUCAAAUUUUCACUUGAAAUGUGACAUAAAGGCAAAGGGCAGGCUCGGUGCAUCACUAAUGUGCUUCCACACAUGAGUUUUCAGCGCCCCUGGAUGUAAACAAUUGAUGUAUUCAGCCCGUGGUUUGAACACUGAGUCACUGCGCACUCUUAGUAUGUUUGAGCAUCUUUUUAUCCAUGACUGUACGUUUAGUGCAUAGGUGAAGAGCCCAGAGAAGUCAACACAAGAGCUUUUACACAAUCACAAUCUCUGUACUCAAUAGCUCCCCGAAAGUGAGUUUUGCUCUCCUGAGAAACAUACAAAGUUUGAGCAUCUGUUCCAUCAUGUAGUCUUUGUUGAGAAAUUAAAUAUUGAACUGAUCUAGUGUACCAUGAAUGUUUCACUCACAUAGUGAUUAGACAGACAGGAGAGGCAAGACAUUGCAGCACUUUACACUCCGCUUUAAUAUACUGUAUUUGUUGGUCUUGCCUUUAAGUGUUUUAUGCACCAGAUUGCACUGUUGUGAUAGAAAAAAGGCUGUUUUUUAUUUUAAGUGAGUUAUAUUUAAUGUGCAUGUGUGACUUGACACACAAACAAAUUUAUAUGCAAGUUAUGUAUGUGCACAAACACAAUCAUCCACAGUAUGAGAAUCACUGUAUAGCGUUGUCCAGCUGUGUGAAUUAACAUAAUUUGUUUUUAAACAUAAAUUAGUUUUUGGUUUUAUGAUUCAAUUUCCAAGUUGGUGGCAUCUGUUUUUACACUUUAAUGUUAUUGUGCAUGUAAAAAAAGAGUACUGAUUUAAAUUGGUUUUCUUGUUGUAUCGCAGAAUAAAAGAUGCCUCUUUUCUUAA